AAUCUUUAAAUUGAUUUAGUUUUGAGGUAUAACUUUUGCAAGAAAGGACUUACAUCCUUUAAUUAAAUGCAACACAUUUUUUCAAUAAUGAGUUUCAAGCAUAAUUUACCAAGGAAUACUUUAUAACGGUGAUUUGUUAUAAUAUAUUUUCAUUUAUUUAUUUUUGGAAAUCUUUCAAUAUAUGAACAAUUUAUUGUGUCAAAAUUGUCUAGACAAUCUAAUCAACGUUGUCUGGUGGCCUGUUCAUGCUGUCAUGAUUUCAGAUAAAUAAAGAUAUUCUAUAAGAUAGUGAAAUAAGUAACUAAUAUUAACUUCCUGGUUAAAACAAAAGAAAAACAGUUAUAUGACAAAGGAGAUAUAAAUUGAUUUAUAUUGUGCAUGUGUAUAUGUUGAUUGAAUUGAAUUGAUAACAGUUUGGACAGGCGGACUGGGUUGCAAAUGCACCAGUCCUUUUCAAAAUAAAUUCCGGCAGAUGCAAUAUGCAUCAGCCCUUUUCAAUCCAAUCGGGUGUUAGUAUUUACUGUCCCAUAAAUAAUUCGGAUGUGAGAGCGCAAAUAUAAAAACAACACGUACAAAGCCAUACAAUAUUUUAUGUUGACUGAAUAAUAUCAAAUAGUUUGGCCCAUGAAACAAUGUGCUAAAAUGCAAAUGCAAAUGCUUUUUUGAGCUAACAUUUGUCAAAAUCUCUUUAAUUAAAUUUUCUUAGCUCUCAAAACACUUGGCAUUUAUACAAGGACAUAAGUGUAGUGCGUGCUAUAUCAGCGGACCUUUACAAUACAUACUGGUUCAUUUGUAAGAUUCAUAUGUCAUGUAUGUUAUAUGUUGUUACAUUUCUUACCUCAGAACCAUGCAUCAAUUCGCCUCAAUGUGCCUCACUAAGGAUUUUUUUCUUUCCAUGCCAUGGCCUUUACUAGAAUUCUAUUUAAUAUAAAAGGACUGUUAACAGAUCUUUAACUGCUGUGAAUAUUUGGUUAAAUUGUCACGGUAAACACCAAACAGAUAACUCGUAAAAACAGGCAAUAAAAGCAAUAUAUGAACAUGAGUGGUGCAGUGUAAACACCAGCUCAUGUGGUUUAUGAUAUGAUGAUUCAUACAAAUUAAUGUACUAUGGUCUGGUAUUGAAGAACAAGUAGAGCUGUUCUGUAGAUCUUGCUAUGGCUGUCAGUUUCAUGGGCCGUGAUCAAGGGGAGCAGUAUGCUAUGUCCCUGAGACUAUCCAGGGUGCUCGGGGAUAUUGGGAUCAACAAAAAGAUGGUCAGUUUGAGGAGGAGAACUUGGCUGCUGAUUGAGAAACAAUUUACAAUCACUUUCACUGCCUUCCAUAAUAAAAUACAAACUUUUUUCAACUUUGGAAGCCAAAGUGAAGGCACGACGACAAUAGGGAUGAAGUCAGAUGUAGAUUUGUUACGAUUGGAUGUUAACAAUCCUGUCCUGCUUGACAUGUCUGAGUGGGAGCCAGGGAAGGAGUCCCUAUGUGUUAUCAAGAAUGAACAUACCCCACCCCAACACUGCAAUCUUCAGCUACUGGAGACCGAUAUUUCACAGUCAGUCAAGGAGAUAUUGAUGGACAGACGGAUAGAUUUAGAGGUGGACAUGGCUGGCAGAGUGCUCCUCAAAAACACUGUCGGGGAAUCAAGUAUGAAAAAGCGAUGGGGAGAUGAUUAUAACAAACAAGGUCCAUCAAGGACCAUGAAUAAGGAUCUUGAUAUAGUGAUGAGUUUUCCCUGCACACAUUUUCCGGAGGAAUGUCUGUUUCUGUUCAACAGACCACGGCCAGGACAUUAUCCAAGACCUGAGAUACUCUCACAGGCAAGACAAACCACAGCAUUUAUUAUUCCACAAGGACAUGCUGAAAGUAGUCGCCCACAACUGGAGUGGAGAUUCUCUACCUCACUUAUUGAAAGACUGCUAAUGUUUGACUUGGAUAUUAAUCAGAUAAAGGUCUACACGUUCCUUAAAAUAAUAAGAAUAACAUAUUUCAAGCCUGUUUUUGGUGACAGAUUAAGCACAUUCCACUUUAAAACAGCCUUAAUGUUCACAUUGGAGACCUACCCAUCCUCGAUCUGGAAUAAGAACAACUUGCUACAGUGUGUCAUCUACUGUCUUACCACACUGAGGCGCUGGUGUAGAAUUGCCUACUGUCCACAUUACACCAUCUCUGAUGUGAACUUGUUUCUGGGAAAACUAAGCAAGUUUGAGAUGGACCAUAUAUCGUCAAUGUUAUCAGACAUGAUAGAAAAUAUUUUAGAUUUUGUGGUCAAUAUCAAGAUGGAUGACAUUAGUAAGAGAAUGUUAGAAUUAACGGGACUCGAGCUUUCACAGGUGCAAACAAAAACAAGAUUCCGUGGCAACACUUUGGACAUUUUGAAAGCCUGUUUGAACAACCUUCUAGAUAGCUUAUAUACAUUAUUUGUGUUCAAAAUAGCAAGCGCAACUGUCGAGGCAGAGGGACUGUUGAUUGAAUAUGACAAUGUAUUAAAGAUGUACGCAACAUUUAUGCAAGAAGGCAUUGACUCCUUCAGAGAUGUAUCUGGUCUCAUAGUUAAGCUGAUCAGUAGUACCUCAGCUUCUGUCCAGAUUUCCAUGCACAUUCAAUCAUGCCAACCAAUCAGCCAAGGUAUUUACAACAUGUACCAAGCAAAUCUGGACUCAGAUCUUAGCUCAAGCAGACUGAAGUUUGCUUCCAUGUUGUACUGUACUGGCCAGUAUGAGGAGGCAGCGACAAUGUUGGAUCACACUGAUGGGUUGCUGCAUCAUCCAGAUGUGUGGCAGUUUUGUUUAAGUCCAGAAAGAGUACAGUUUGAACCUACUUAUAACUUCUUAUGCAAAGCUCUCGACCAGCCUGUUUCAGAAGUUGUGAGAUCAUCAGUGGCUUUGAGCGUUAUAUUUCUCCGUCAGGAACUACGCUGUGUGCCAAAACAUUUAGUAUAUGAAAUGUACAGAACAUUCACACAUGAAGACAUUCUACGACGACGAAAAUGGUGUGACGACUUUAUGAAUUUAGCCACCAUUGACUCUUUCCCCUUUCUCUACUACCUACAGUAUCUCACGUACAAACAACUUGGGAAUAAUGUUAGAAAAGUGAUAGCAAUGGUGAACCUAAGUUUUUGCUUACAAAAAGAAAGUAAGGCGCCUGGCUACAAAGAGACAACAACGAAUUUGAUGGCACACUGCAUGGAGCUAGAAAACCGACUGGACACUGCCUGGAGGUUAUAUGCAAAAUCUUUACAGGCCUUUCCUAACAACAAUGCAGCCGUCUGGCACAUGGCCAUUAUAUUGAACAAAACGGUCAACCAAUGAAUGCUUUCCAUACAAAAAUGUGUAAUUCUGGAGCUGACCUUUAAUGCUAUUCUCACGACCCCACAACAACACUGCAAUGUAACACUGGGAAACAAUUCAACCUUAGUGUGUACUAUUUAAUGGUAUUAAUACAGUGCUUCUCAAAUCACUGUCUGGGAAUCAAGUAUGUAAGAAGAGCUAUGGGGAGAUGAUUAUACCAAACAAGGUCCAUCAAGGACCAUGCAUAAGAAUCUUGAUAUGGUGAUGAGUUAUCCCUGCACAAAAUUACCGGAGGAAUGUCAGUUUCUGUUCAACAGACAACGGCCAGGACAUUAUCCAAGAUCUGAGAUACUGUCACAGGCAAGAAAAAACACAGCAUUUCUUAUUCCACAAGGACUUGCUGAAAGUAGUCACCCACAACUGGAGUGGAGAUUCUUUACCUCACUUAUUGAAAAACUGCUAAUGUUUGACUUGGAUAUUAAUCAGAUAAAGGUCACUUUCCUUAAAAUAAUAAGAAAAACAUAUUUCAAGCCUAUUUUUGGUGACAGAAUAAGCACUUUCCACUUUAGAACAGCCUUGAUGUUCACAUUGGAUACCUAUCCAUCCUCGAUCUGGAAAAAGAAGAACUUGCUGCAGUGUGUCAUCUACUGUCUUACCACACUUAGGCGCUGGUGUAGAAUUGCCUACUGUCCACAUUAAACCAUCUCUGAUGUGAACUUGUUUCUGGGAAAACUAAGCAAGUUUGAGAUGGACCAUAUCUCGUCAAUGUUAUCAGACAUGAUAGAAAAUAUUUCAGAUUUUGUGGUCAAUAUCAAGAUGGAUGACAUUAGUAAGAGAAUGAUAGAAUUGACUGAACUCGAGCUUUCACAUGUGCAAACAAAAACAAGAUUCCGUGGCAACACUUUGGACAUUUUGAAAGCCUGUUUGAACAACCUUCUAGAUAGAUUGUAUACAUUAUUUGUGUUCAAAAUAGCAAACGCAACUGUCGAGGCAGAGAGACUGUUGAUUCAAUAUGACAAUGUAUUAAAGAUGUACGCAACAUUUAUGCAAGAUGGCAUUGACUACUUCAGGGAUGUAUCUGGUCUCAUAGUUAAAUUGAUCAGUGGUAUCUCAGCUUCUGUCCAGAUUUCCAUGCACAUUCAAUCAUGCCAACCAAUCAGCCAAGGUAUUUACAACAUGUACCAAGCAAAUCUGGACUCAGAUCUUAGCUCAAGCAGACUGAAGUUUGCUUCAAUGUUGUACUGUACUGGCCAGUGUGAGGAGGCAGCGGCAAUGUUGGAUCACACUGAAGGGUUGCUGCAUCCAGAUGUGUGGCAAUUUUGUUUAAGUCCAGAAAAAUAAAACAGUUUGAACCUACUUAUAACUUCUUAUGCAAAGCUCUCGACCAGCCUGUUUCAGAAGUUGUAAAAUCAUCAGUGGCUUUUAGUGUAAUAUUUCUCCGCCAGGAACUACACUGUGUAUCUUAACAUUUAGUGUAUGAAAUGUACAGAACAUUCACACAUGCAGACAUUCUACGACGACGAAAAUGGUGUGACGACUUUAUGGAUUUUGCCACCAUUGACUCUUUCCCCUUUCUCUACUACCUACAGUAUCUCACGUACAACCAGCUUGGGCAAAAUUUUGGGGAAAAGUGACAGCAAUGGUGAAACUAAGUCUAUGCUUACACAAAGAAAGUAAGGCGCCUGGCUAUAAAGAGACAGCAACAAAUUUGAUGGGACACUGCAUGGGGCUAGAAAACCGGCUGGACACUGCCUGGAUGUUAUAUUCAAAAUCUUUACAGGCCUUUCCCAACAACAAUGCAGCCGUCUGGCACAUGGCCAUUAUGAUGAACAAAACUGUCAACCUAUGAAUGUUUUCCACGCAAAAAUGCGUAAUUCUUUAUCCUUAAACUGACCUUUAAUGCUGAUCUCACGACCCCGCAAGAACUGCAAUAUAGCACAGCCUUAGUGUGUCAUAUUUAAUUGUAUGAUAUCAUGAUAUUGAACAAUUUAGUAAAGACAAUAAUGGAUGAUCAUUGCUUUAUUAUAUGCUUAUCGGUGGUUUAUAGAGAAGUAUCAGUGAAAUAUAAAAUAUGUUUAACUUUUUAUUUUUUAUUUAACAGUGUGGUGCACUUUUGUGAAAAAAAAUCAAUAAUAUAUAGCACUGUAUAUUUCACCUCGUAAACACCAAAAGUGUACACUAGUUCACUGGUUUGGUGCUCACUCGGUAAAAUAUAUUACAAUGUUGCAGUGAAAAAAAUAUUUAUAAAUUUCGAUUACCAAUGCAUUUUGGACUUCUGAAUGUAUGCAUGCACAGUUCGUGUGUAUGCAAUAACAAGUUAAAACGUAUAUGUCCUGAUUUUAUUCUGAUACAAUAAAUAAAAAAAAGCUAGAUACUUUUCGAUUGAAACCAUUUAAACACAAAAAUGGCCUAUUUCAAAUUUGAGGAAAACGAUAAAUGAUAUAUUUUAUUAUUGUCAUGCUUUUUAUUGAAAAUUAAAGCUACACUCGCACAGAUUGAACGUUUUAAAAACUUUUUUAUUUUUGGUAUUGAAACGAGCCAAUGUUUGCGAAAAUCCAUGGAAACCAGUCACACAAGACUGCUGACAAAAAUUAGAUCGCAGAUUUUAAUAUUUAAGUUCAAAAAUUGAUGUUUUAUGCAUCUUUCUUACACUGUUAGAAACGGUCAGCAAUCUUUUAUCAUUGGUUUGCAGAUAUUUACGCAAAAAAAUGCUCUUUCCAAGACAAAAAAUAAAAAGUUGUAAAAAUGGUAUAUCUGUGAGAGUGCAGCUUUAACGGUGGACUAUAACAUUAUAAACUCACUGUUUCAAGUGUUCACUGUUUUUGACAUUUUACCAUGAACGCUCACGUUGUCUGCUGGGUUGCGCUUGUUCAGGAUCCUAAUAAAUAUUUCUUCAGAUGUUAAAAUCAUUCUAUUUAGAUCGACUGGCUCAAUAUCAUUUAAAGUAUUCAAAUUGUUUUUAAAUGCUAAAUGUGCUUGAUUAACUAAAUUUAACGAAAAACCUUAUAUACCAGUUGAGAUAUAUAAACCGCUUCUUUAUGUGAUCCUAAACUAAUUUUGAGUACACAUGUGGUAUGAGUUAUGCUUUUUUAAACGCACUUUCAUUUCAUUAAAAGGCAUUAAACCUUGUACGCUGAUGUACAGAGAAAAGGAUUUGUUUCAUUUUUAUGACAUAUAACUUAAAAUGUCAACAUAAUCUCAUGGUUCAAAUAGAGGAUGUAAUUAUUAGGGAAAUGGAAGAAAAAACUUACCUUUUUAUGUAAAACAUAUUUUCCACUACGUAAUGACUCAAAUCCCAAAAUAUUGAUGGUACACGUCGAUUAAAGUUUUUGGUUCUACGUAGUUUUGAGCGAACAAGAAUUUCUGUUAAAGUGACUCUCUUAUUCAAAAUCAAUACAUACACAUGUAUAACAGACAUAUAUUUUGAGUGAUACACAUUUAACUACUUACUAAAUAAUGCAUUAAGUGAAAAUAUUAAUUACUGGUAACAAUAUUGUAACCGUGUAUUUAAUAGCAGAAAGCGCAAAAAUAUUAAAUAAUUGGUGAAUGCUAAAAUAUUUACUGUGGUCUUCUAUAGUUUUAUAGGGUAGAAAUACCAUGUUUUAUGCUCAUUUCUUUCAAAUACAACUCAGUAUCCUUCAUAAAAACCAUUGUUUUCAACAUGCAUUCAUCCUUUUUGGAAUAAUAAAAUAAUAUCUUUACUUGUGGUAAAUCUUAUUUGGGAGUAAGAAUGGAUCUUUAAAUCAUGAGCGGUCGAAGGCGGAACCAUUUUUUCAUACAUACUAUUUUUUUAGAAUGACUAAGAAUAAUGGUAGUAUCUCUUCUAAUGGUAUAUUUUAGUAAAUAUUCGACAUAUUUUUUAUUUAUGCUCCCUAAGGGCGGCAUAUUGUAAUUGGACCGUCUGUCACCACGCGUACCACGGUUUCCCAAUAAAGCUUAGACAUAGCGACAUCAAACUUGAUAGGUAGGUUGGUCAUGACCAGCAGAUGAAUCCUAAGACCAACGAGGUCUUUCGGGGGCAUUUGUCAAGUUCCUGCGACAGCUCUUGUUUAUAAGAAGUCUUCCGGGAGGUGUAGUCAGAAACAUAUAAAGUCCUGUUUUUGCAUUGUUCCGUGCAACAUGGCUUCACAAAAAAAGUUAUUUUUGUCAUCUUUAUUUUUUGUAGAAAAAUAGGAGCGGUCGCUAUAAAAGCAACAUUUGUUUGCAUUUUAUGAAAAAAGGUGCAUUCAAUCCGCUGAACGAGACAUCAUGUUGGUGUCGCCUUAAUGAAAAAUAGGAACUUUAAAACUUCUGACCAUAUGUAAUGAACUUGUUCCUUUUUUCUUCAGAUUUUUCUAUCAAUUUGUUGCUAUGGAUCUGUCAAUAACUAUGAAAUUGUACCAUCUUUUUAAAAACCGAUCAACAUUUAUGUUUAACUUUGUAAACCAUUUAUAAUUUAAUUGAUUUCAGAAUAUUUUUUAAAGUGUAGCACUUUGGAAUACAGACGACAGAGAAAUAAAUAAACAAGUUUUUAAAAUGUCGAAUCAUUUUAAACUUGAAUAUAUUAUUUAAUGGUUUAUAUUUAGGAUACCUAGAAAUUUAAGAUGACGGACUUUAUUAUUUUUAAAAGAAAAAAAGCACUAGCUGUGAAAUGGAAUAAUUAAUUUAUCAGCCAAUAUAUUUUGUUAUCAAUAUCUGUAUUGAUCAUGUGGUGGUAAAUAUUUCCAUUACAAAGUUAUAUAGACCGAAGUUUCGUCCAAGGUGUGGUAGACAUAUAUUAAUUUAUGCUGUGUGCUCAGGUUAACAAAACAAAUAUUGUCUUUUACAAUCCUUAUUAGGACUGGCAGGGUGUUCCUUAAACACACGGUCCAUGUAUAGAAAACCAGUUCGGGGUAUUUCUAGUUCCACAUCGACACAACUAGAGUGGAGAUUCUCAACGCCACUUAUAAAUUGAAAGAAUGCUUAUGCUUGCUUGCACUUAUUGAAAGACUGCUUAUGUGUGACUUGGUUAUUAACGAGUUAAUUAAGGGUCUACACGUUCUAAAAAGUAUUUAAAAAAAAGAUUCAAGCCUGUUUUGGUGACCGACUAAGCACAUUCCAAUUUAACUACAAACUUGAAAUAAAAACACGACUUAACAAUAGUCGAGCCGAAAGACACCCUCAUUUAUGGGAAAUGUAAUUAAUAUUACUUAGUGGGUGAAAAUAUGACCAAAAUCGCCGUAAUUUCUUCAUAAAUAAUACAGUGGAAACUCACUAAACCGGAUCUCCACAAAACCGGAAUUCUCGGGAAACCGGACUUUUUUUAGAGUCCCGAUUUUCCCCUUCUAUUUUCAAUGUAAAAUAAUCCCUACAAAACCGGAACCUCGGAAUUUCGGAUACCGGACAAAAAAUCGAGAAAAUUUGUUAGUUGUCAACGUAAUUUUACCUCACAAAACCGGACGUAUAUUUGUUCAAACAUGUCAAAAUGAUUUUGUGUAUUAGGAUUUCGCGAAUCGCGUGUCACUUUGUUUUGACAGCCGGUGCGUCGUUAAAUAUUGCACAUGUGAUGUUGUGUUAACUCGAUAAUCGAUAAUGAUGAUUGCGCUGUGGAUUGACUGCCGCGCGGUAAUCAAGCGAUUAUCAAACUUGUGAAAAGAAAAUUGAUUGAAACAUUAUUUUGUUUGUUGCAGAAAAUAAAGAACUAGAAACGGUUAUUAAGUGAUCAUUUUGCAGGGUUGUUUUAUCUUAACUUCUAUGAUUGAAUCAAAUUAGAGCGGUGCGUUAAUUAAACUAUCAAACAUACUUAACAAGCAUUAAAUUACGCGAGUUGUUUUAUUUUAAGACUCGAAAAACAGAUGAUUAUAAAAACACAGAAAUGUUUAAUUAUGUUUAUCACUUUUGCAUGUGCUUUAAUCAUGUCUCAACCUCCGUCUAAACGUCGAAGUUUUUUUGAGUAAACUUACUCCGUACAUCAAAUCCUCACUAAACCGGAAUCCUCACUAAACCGGAAAUUUUGCCGAGUCCGGACCUUGUCCGGUUUAGUGAGUUUCCACUGUAUAACAUUUCCUAAAAAAUGAAUCGAUAGGUAUCAGUAUACAGUAUUUAAAAGAGAAACAAAUGUACAAAGUUAAAGCAUUUUUGAGAACGUUUAUCGAUAAGGCAUAAGGAUGAUUGCGCCGCGCAUGCGCAUACUCAUUUCAUUUCCGAUCGUCGCCAUAAAAGUGUAAAAGUGUCCAACAUUCGCAACUUUAUCGUUUAAUUCGUGAUUGUGUAUUGUAAGUUCCACGAAAUGUUUUACAUUUUAUUUAUAACUGUUUCAGUCUUACCGAAGUUGUAGUCAGAUACAUAUAUUUUUUUAUAAAAUGAUGUUUUGCUUUAUUCAAUUUAAGUUAUUUCGGUAAUCUUUCAAAAAAAAACUUUAAAAAAGUCUGCAAACAUUUUGUUUGCAUUUUUAAAAAGGAAUUGUGUUAAUUACGCCUAAAAGAACAACAAGUUGGAACUGCUUAAUGGAGAACGUUUAAAACUUAUACAACUUAGUUAACUUUAGAGCUGAUCGAUUUCUCCUCUCUAUGCAAAAGUAGCGUUAACAUUAAUAUAAUUUUAUGCCGACAUAAAAUGUUUUAUGGAUCUGCGGGUUGAACUGAAUCACCCCUUGCUAAAUGUGCGGGUUGAACCGGUUUUUUUUUGGGGGGGAGCUUAUUUACCCUCCGCAUCGGGUUAUACCCAUUCGGCGAGCACGCUACGUUUUACAGUAUUUCUACAGAUUUAAUAACAUUUUUAACAUCUCGUCUUUAAUCGUAGCGUGGGUGCUUUGGACUGAAUAUAUAUAAAUAUUCCUACACAGUAUGUACAAAUCUCUGGUUAAAAAUUCAAUAUUUUAAUAAUGUCUUAAGAAUCUAUCACAUACGCAUUAAAAUCAAACACUUCAAAUACAUCAUAGAAAUUAUGCUAUAAUUUUUCCUAUACAAACAUUUUAGGCUCAGCUUACAUUUUAAAAAGAUGUCUAAAUUUUAAAAUUCUUUACAAUAGUAAGUGUUUAUAUAUACAACGUAUCCUUGGCAUUAUAACAACUAGCUAGUGAGAACUUUUUUUUAAAUGACAGAUUUCUCACUAGUUAGUUUCCUUAACCACCCCCAUCAGGGAUGGGGGCGGUAUAUGCUGGUUUGCACUGAGGACUAAGCCUCAGUGCGUUUGCCUGGAUUUAUUUUUUUCUUGAGUGAAUUAUUUUUCUUUUCUUUUUU